UGUUUACACAGGUUCUGCCUGUACAUCUGCACUCAUCUGACAAGAUGGUUUUUCGGAAACCACCAGAUGGUGGCUGGGGCUGGGUGAUUGUUGCUGUUUCCUUCUGUACUCAGUUCUUGUGUUACGGAUCACCGCUGGCGGUGGGAGUCUUGUAUUUAGAAUGGCUGGAUGCUUUUGGAGAAGGGAAAGGCAAGACUGCAUGGGUUGGAUCACUAGCAAAUGGAAUUGGAUUGCUUGCCAGUCCUGUCUGCAGUAUAUGCGUAUCAUCUUUUGGAGCAAGGCCAGUAGCAAUUUUCAGUGGCUUUAUGGUGGCCGGGGGCCUCAUGAUGAGCAGUUUUGCACCUAACAUAUACUUCCUAUAUAUUUCAUAUGGGAUUGUUGUUGGUCUUGGAUGUGGCCUUUUGUAUACCGCAACAGUCACCAUCACUUGCCACUACUUUGACAAGCGCAGGGGCCUUGCACUUGGUCUGAUUUCAACAGGCUCAAGUGUUGGACUCUUUAUAUAUGCAGCGCUGCAAAGAGAGCUUAUUGAUCUAUAUGGGCUGGAUGGUUGUCUGCUGAUAGUUGGCGCACUGUCUCUAAAUAUAUUAGCAUGUGGCAGCCUAAUGAGGCCAUUGGAGUCAUCUGAUUCCCGUCCACCAGAAAAAACAUGUGUAGACAAAGUCCCAGAUCAAUAUUUUGUUUACCAUGAAAAAGAAAAGACUGUUGAAGAAAAUAUAAGCAUCCUUGAGAAGGGCUACGUUGAUGAAAAAUGUGCGAACAAUAUGCCUGAUUACAAACAAGAUAGCAUUUUAAAUAAGAAUGUAUUAAGCUCAAUAAAUGUAAAUGAGAAAGAUACUUAUAAAAAGAAGGUUGUAGAACAGACAAACUUCUGCAAACAACUCGCCAAAAGGAAGUGGCAGCUCUAUUUGAACUACUGGGAGGAAACCAUGGUUCUUUUUAAGAACAAAGUAUUUUCAGCUCUCUUUGUUGCCAUCUUGCUCUUUGAUAUUGGUGGAUUUCCUCCUUCUCUGCUCAUGGAAGAUGUAGCAAGAAGUGCAAACAUUAACGAAGAUGACUAUCAUAUGCCCCUUAUUUCCAUUAUAGGCAUUAUGACUGCUGUUGGCAAACUUACUUUAGGAAUACUGGCAGAUUUUAAGUGGGUUAACACUUUAUAUCUAUACGUAACUACCUUACUAAUGACAGGAGUGGCCUUGUUUGCAAUUCCAUUUGCCAAAAGUUACCUUACAUUAGCGAUGCUUUCUGGGAUUUUGGGUUUUCUGACUGGGAACUGGUCGAUUUUUCCAUAUGUAACAACGAAGACUGUGGGAAUUGAGAAACUGACUCACGCAUAUGGGAUAUUGAUGUUCUUUGCUGGACUGGGAAAUAGCCUCGGACCACCGAUUGUAGGUUGGUUUUACGACUGGACGCAGGAGUAUGACACUGCAUUUUAUUUCAGUGGCUUUUGUGUCCUACUGGGUGGAUUUCUUCUGCUGUUGGCAGCGUUACCCUGCUGGAAUGCCUGUACCCAUCAGAGCUCAAAGCUGCCUCCAAAUACUUACUCCUACAAAGUUGCAUCUAAUGCUUAGGUGACAACUGGAAAACACUUUGUGCUUUUAUAUCAUAUAGCAAAGUAUUUUAGUAAUUUUCCACUUAUUUAUGAAGCCCAAAAAUCCUCUUCCACUAGAAAAAUUCCAUUGUUGCUUGUUGUUCAGUUCUUUUUCUUCUUUUAUUUCUUUUUUAUUUAACUUUUAAGAACAGUCUUAUUCUGUCUACUAUGCACUGUGUUUUCAGCCUUUGUCUACUGUAAUUUCCUUUCACCCUCUAAGGGGUAUAUUCUGCUGUAUUAUCAGCUGUACUUUUUUUUUUUUUUCCCCUCAAGGGGUUUGGUGUGGAGGGGUGAAAACUUUGAAGCACAAAUGAAGGCCUGUUCCGUUUAGGAGAAGGCUGGUAUUUCUGUCACCUUUUCUAGGUCUCCAAGUUGCACAAUCAGACUUUACAAAACAAAAAUUUGCCUUAUUAGUAUGUAAUACUGUGGCAAGGUGCUUAUAACAUCAUGCUUAGAUUAACUUUUUGUCUUUUUAAAGUUUCUGCAAUUUACAAUGAAGUGCCAAUUUGGGGGAUGGCGAAGAGGGGGAACAAAACCAACCUUGUGUUGCAUAACUGAAGUGAACUUUAUGAUGAAAGUAAAGAUUCUUACUACCA